UGUUGAAAGUGUUCGUGAUACAGACAUUCUAGCUGUGGACGAGUGCGAUAGAUUUCGCCCACACACACACACGCACAAACGUACAGCUCAACCAUUAUUAUAUUCCAAACCUGACAUAUCUACACCAAUCUAAUAUCAACUACGCAAAACAAACACCAUUUCCCCCUCCUACAAACACAAACCUGUCCACACUAGAACAAAAAAAAAAAGAAUAUUGAGAGAGAAAAUACAAACGAACGAGUGACCGCAGUGCGUCUAGGACCUGCCCUGCUGAACCUGCGCUCGUGUCCUGUUAACCUCACUACUACCUUAUUCUCACAGGGCCCUUCCUCCAAAACAACGCGGAUUCCGGCCUCGCAGUCGCCGCUCAGAGAAGCCAUGUUAUUGAAAUUUCUUCACUGAUGAAUUUUUUGGUUUUCCAAGUGGAGCUAAAGUUAUUAACAUGAGAUUGGAAGAGAGUCCAUCCUUCGCCAGCGGGAUGGAGGACAGGCGCUCAUGUCCUUCCCUGGAGCGAUACGGCAGCAGCGAGAGUCCUCCUGGCUCUGCUCCCCCUCCUCCUUCUCCUCCCCCGACCGCGCACCUCGUCAGGAGUUACUCCAAGGCGACACUUGGAAGCAGGAUGAGUGUGCACGAGAGCGCUUCGUGUCCCUUGGAGAGCCACCAUCAAGGCAAGUUACUCCUCAACGCGUCCGUUUCCCUUCCCGUGGACGCCGUCUUCGCCUUCAUGUUUGAGCAGCCGGAGUUCAUGCUCGAAGUGUACGCUGACCAGAAAGCAUUCGACGUAGUCCCACAGCCCUGGCAAAGCGUAGACGAGCGACGUAAAACGCGGACAGUGACGUACACUCUGACCCUUCCUCCAUCCAGCAUGGGGCCCAAAGUGUGCAGUGUAACAGAGAGACAGGUGUUACUGCCACAGAGUCAACCGGGCAGCCUGUACUUGGUGGAGGCAGAGGUGACGAACGGGGGCAUUCCCUAUGGAGACUCCUUCUACGUAGCCAACCACUACUGCCUGACGAAGGAGGCUGACGGAGGCACGAAAGUGAUCAUGUGGUCGAACGUCAAAUAUAAGAAGAAUGUGUGGGGCUUUAUGAAAGGAUUGAUCGAGAAGAACACAUACAGCGGCGUAGAGGCGAUGAUGACCGAAAUUGUGAACCAUUUAGAAGCUGAAGUCGAGAAGUUAAAUAACCCGACCGGCCUGAGGCGACGCAGGCCCACCAACCCAUACCAGCGAGCAAGAUCCCAAAAACGAAAUGAGAAGAUCGCGCACAGACAGGCAGCUAAGACAGAGCCACAAAAGACGGACACAGCUGAGGCAAGAUAUAACUGGCUGGUCGCAGUGUUGUUGGUCAUGCUGAUGCUCGUUGGGAUGUGCAACGUCUUCCUCUACAGACAGCUCUUCUACCUCGAGGACUUGGCCAGCAACCAGCAGUUCUCCGAUGAAAUCCCAGAUAUUAGGUACUUGGGCGAGGGUGGAUCAUGGGACAAUGUGGCUAACAUUCUGCAACGUCAGGACCAAAGGCAUGCGAAGCAGAUGACGAAAUGGAGUCAUGUCAUCAACGAAGCUUCACAGCAGCUUCAACAGGUUCAAGAAUCACUGCGGGAUAUCGCAAAAAACAUUCCACAGCACCAGGAAAAGCUCAUAGCUGCUCUGAUACAAGAAAGCAAAGCCCGCGUUCAGGAUAUCAUGGCAGAGAGAAAUACAGAAGAGAAAGUCAGUUUUGAGAAGAUUUCAGAGCAGAACAUAAUAGCAGAGAAAGCUUCAGAUUACAUCAUGGCAAAGAGAACUUCAGAGGAAGACAUUGCGGUCGAGUGAACCUAGAUAUAUAUAUGUGUGUGUAUAUAUAUGUAUAUAUACAUAUACAUAUAUAUAUACAUAUAUAUAUACAUAUAUACAUAUAUAUCAGGACAGAGAGAAGUGCAAGGGACGUUUUUAGAAACAAAUAGGAGGCUGAGAGCAAGGUCAAUAUUUUAUAGCGAAAAGGUGAUCAAUCAAACAAUGACUUCAAGUGAGGCAGUCUAACAAUACAAUACAAUACAGUCUAACGGACUGUAUUGCUUGAUGAUGAUGCUGGAGCAGGUCCUCCUCAACAACAAAUUUUAAAGCAGAACAUUAGCGAUUUUAAACUUCUUUGUAAUUAAAAUAAUUAUGACACUUAUUUACAAUAGUUCAAGUUAAAUAUUGUUUAUGAUAUUUGUUCAGCACAAAACUUUGUUUAUAAUCGAUUUUAUUAUAGAGAACCAAUUUUUUAUGUGAUAUAUGCAUCAAGUUUCUUCCAAACAUAUAUAACUGUGUCUGUGAUAUUGUACAAAGAAAAUGUUAUAGUAUACAAUGUCCAUGAUCUUUCUAAAUAAAAAGUAAAUAUUAACAAAAGAAACAAAUGUUGGUGAA